AUGGAGAUUGACGAUUACGCCCCGUUUUCUGCUGGUGUCGAUGAUUCGUACGGAAAGAAAACGCAGAAACCAUCGGGGGAAGAGACCUCGCCCCAGAAAAGGACGAAAAUGGAGUCCAACAAGUGGUCGAUCCCGACAAUUACCCGUCGAUGGUAUUACGGCCGUAUCUCCGCGCUCUCCCCCCACACUUUGCUCUUUACGAAGCAGAAGGACAGAGAUCGCCCCAUGCAAGGAGAGUGGCGAAACUCGUGUGCAGGGGAUCCAGUCGGUAUCAUUACAGUAUACUCAGAUAUUCAUACUGUCUGGGAAUGCCUCGGUGAGGUCUCUCCAGUAACCGGACACCAGCCACCGGCGGUCCAUGUCAUCCAGCAUGAGGCGCAUAAACUUGGGUUGGUCGAGGGAGGGGAAGAAAACAAGUCGCUGUCGAGCAAUGCACAUGUUGGAUAG